GCCUCAAUCUGAAUACACAAAAGCACAACUGGUGUUUCCAAGAGCUAAGAAUAGGCCUUACCGUAAGGUCUUUUUGGCUUCGAUACUUAAAUCUCUCACCUAGAAGCAACAGAAAGCAGCAGAGUUAUGAACAGCGAAAUCGAGAGCAGUAGUGAUCGAAGCUUCAACCAAGCUGUCGUCAACAUUAAGUUUUACAGAGGACUCCCCAAAAGGUUCGACCCAAAGUGGAGCAAGAGCUUGUUGGGUCCUAAGGUCAAUUGUUGAGGUUAAUUGGCAGAAACCAAAUAAAUGGGAUAAGAGAAAGCCUUUUUGUGGUUGGAGCUUAAAACCAUAAACGAGACGGAAUCCCGCCAUGAUCCAUGAUUUCCAGUCAUAGAUCGUAGCUAGGAGGAUAAGCAAUAACAGUAAGAAGGGUAGUAUUAGUAGGUUAAUUAGAGAAGACGAAAGCUAUUUAUCUUCAUAUUUAUAUUCAGUUCACAUAUAUUUAUCUCCACCAAUAAAAAAACAAUGGAGCCUCUAUGUGAGUUUUGUGGGAUGGCAACGGCAGUUGUCUACUGUAAAGCGGAUAUGGCUCGCCUUUGCUUGUACUGUGAUGGAUGCGUGCACUCAGCUAACGCUUUGUCACGCCAGCACCCUCGUUUCCUUCUAUGCGACAAGUGCAAUGCUCAGCCUGCUAUCAUCCGAUGUAUGGAUGAGAAGACGUCCUUAUGUCAGAGCUGUGAUCACUGGAGUCAUAACAAUACUAGUAUUAAUGGAAUUACUACUGCUUCAGCAGGAGGUGGGAUGGGGGGACAUAGGACACAUGCAUUGACUUGUUACACGGGUUGCCCUAGUUUGUCUGAGUUUUCGAGAAUUUGGUCGGUUCUUGAAGGAUCUUCUUCUUCAGGUGGUAAUUUUGAAAGUAGUAACUGGGAUCAGUCACUUGGAUCAGCUGUAGUGGCAAUAAAUCAGGAUCAGACUAAUUACAUUAGUAAUAAUGGUUUGGAAGGUAGAGAUAAUAAUGACAGAUCAUUUGGGGUGGUUGUCACUGCUGGCAAGUUGAAUGGAGGAUCAUCAUUAGAUCAGUCUUGUGGCCGCAAGUUUGAUCCUUGGAUAGCCAGUAGUUCAACUUUGAUUCCAUCGAAUCCGAAUUGCACUCCUCACGGGAAAGAUCAAACACCUUUCUUGCCUCAGGAGUCUAGCCUGCUAAAGGGUUGUACCAAUUUUAAAGAUCUUGCAAUUCAGGAUAGCAAUGUCCUAUGUGAUGGCCUCAAUGUUGAUGAUGUUCCACUGAACUUUGAAAAUCCUGAUGGGAUAUUCUGUCCACAAGUUCCUUCUCCAUACCAGUUUGAGGAUAGAGAAAUGGAUUGCUUGUUAAUGGAGAAAAGCUUAUCAGUCACUGAGUCUAUUGGUCCUAAUGAGAAUGCUGCACAGGCAUCAUCAUCAGGACAACAAGACCGUGCAGCAUUUCAAUCCUCUUGUGGAUCAGAUACUGUUAUGUCAGGCAUGAAUGGUAGUGCAAACUGCUUACUCAUGAAUCCUACUUGCAGCAGAAGCAUCAACCUUGGAUUUCCUGCCGCCCAACAAGUUCAUCCGAGCAUGUCACUUACACUGUCCAGCAUCAGCAGGGAAAGCAAUCCUGAUUACCAAGAUUGUGAAUUGUCACCAGUCUUUCUAACCGGAGAGCCUUGGGAGUCAACUUUGGAGGCUAGCAGUCCACAAGCAAGGGACAAGGCUAAGAUGAGAUACAAGGAGAAAAAGAAAACUCGCACGUUUGGUAAACAAAUAAGAUAUGCCUCUAGGAAGGCCAGAGCUGAUACCAGAAAACGCGUCAAAGGAAGAUUUGUUAAAGCUGGCGAAGAAUAUGAUUACGAUCCCCUUGUGACAAGGAGCUACUAAGGCAUAUAUCAGCAGAAAAUCUCUAUUUCUUCAGCUGCAAUGCAAGGCCUUAUUGGAUAAAAUAAUCCACCUACAUCCGUGCGCGCAUCAUGUUCCUAGUACUGAGAUGACUGUGAUUCCAUAAUCAUAGAAAAAUAAACCCCACUUUUUUUUCCUAUGAAUUUGCUUUGCAUAAAUAUUCUGAACUCAAUCAUGUUUUCAAUAAUGAUUAUCUGAGUCACCAUUU